AUGCGAAACGAGGUAACAAAUAUGAAACUUCAUGCCGGGUCACCUUUGUACGCAAACGAACAAUGGGAAUCCCGAAUCGGCGGCGAGUUCUCGAAACCGCACAGGCGGAAAACGGUAAGUAGAGCCGGCAACGUCGCACAGGUCUCGCUCGGUUCGCAGUCCAAUGACGUAGCACGAUUAUCCUUUCUAGUUUCUACACUAUUCUAA